AUGGGCGAUGCAGAUAUAGGUGGUUCUAGCCAAAGAGAUGCAGGCCAUAGCAGACAAUUGAGGCCUAAGGAGCAGAAGAAAGCAGCAGCUGACGAUAUCUUUGAAGAAGAGAGUGAGGGUGGAUCAUCCAGUGAUAAUGAUGUUGAGGAUGAGACUUUUAGAAUUGAACCUCGUCAUGAAAAGGGUGUAGCACAACAAAGCAGCAGUGAGGAAGAAGAAGCCGCUGGUGGAAAUGAUGAGGAUGAUGAGGAGAGUAAUGAAAGUGAGGGAGUUGAGCUGAAUAUGUCUUUUCCCAUCAUUCAAAAACCUGUUAGAUUAGGAUUCGGAAAAUGCAUUGACUACUCAGAGGAGAUGUCGGUUGAAGAAGCACACUUGCGCGUGAAGCGAGUGCUUUUGGACGUGGACGCUGUUCCAAAAAUCCUCCUCCCCUUGCCCUCAGUCACUCCCAACCCUGAGAAUUCAAAGCUUAGUGUUGAGGAGCAAGCAAUUGUGGAUGAUACUACAGGAAGUCAGCCUGCUGUUGCAGUGGACCCUUCUUCUGAAGACAUUCAAGAUUUUGAUCCUCAAAGUCUUCCUGAAGCCAUCCCAAUGAGCCCUGUUGCUUCUCAAGGAACCAUGUCAGGGUUAAUAGAACCCUUGAGUGCCCCCAAGUCUGAAAAACCAGCAGAAGUUGCAGUCAUAACAACUGGAGGUGAAGAAGCCGCAAGAACUGAAAUUCCACCUUCUGGACAAGAACCACCGGCUAUUCACUCAGUUGAAGAAACUGCACCAACGAAAGAUGCUCCUAGAGCUUCAACAGAUACCACACAACAGCAAUCUGAUGCUGCUGAAGCCACACCGGGAAAUCUUCUUGUCUUAUCUCCCAAGUGCCAAUAUCCCAUCAAAACUGAGUUGCUCGACGACCCCUCAGUGUCUAAUGUUACUUUGAAAGAUUUCCAGAGGACUUUCAAAGAUAUGUAUAAGUAUAUAAUGACCAUGGCCAACCGUUCCAGGGAGAAAUCUGAUGUGCUGAAGACGGUCGAAGAGGGAUCUCACCAGCUGCUGGCCAAGGAUGAAAAAAUCCGCAAAAAGAUCUUUGAACAUGUCGAGCUUCAUAAUGAACUCGACAAACUAAAGGCGGAGCGCACAAGAGAAGUCUGGUUGCUCAAUCAGGAGAUCAUCAAUUUGACCAAAGAUAACUGUCAACUUGGCGAGAGGCUGAAAGCCGCCAACAAGGCUCAUAGAGAUGAUGUUGAGCUUCUGGAGAAAACUUUGCAAGAUGCUGACAAGCAGAUGGUGGAGAAUACGAAGCAAAUCAAGUCGAUGGCCGAAGAAAAACAACUCCGGGACAAACAGUUCGAAGAACUCGAAGCUGCAGCGCGAGCUGUUGUUGAUAUGGUUGACCCAGCUGAAGAAGGUAUAGCAGACGAUAGAUCUCUGCUGGAGCAACUUCGAGAAGCUCCACAAAAGAUCACAAGCUACGUUUCUGAGGUCACCAAUACAUAUGUGGCGCAUGUCCUUGGGUUGUUCAAGUCUUUCUGGCCAUUAGCUGACUUGAAUCGCCUUUCUGCGGGCAUGGCUUUAGACUAUAACGAGGAGAAAUUCGAAGAAUAUGUAGAGCAGUCGAAGCCAUUAGCCCAAAAGAUUAUUGAUAACUUAGACCAAGAAUAGAAAACAUUGUGUCAAUGAACAA